CGUUUGUGGCGCUGCGGGGGACUGCUGCUCCGGGUGGCAUCACAGGAAACCCUUAAUAUGAGUGAUGAUAAACCCUUUCAAUGUACUGCUCCUGGGUGUGGACAGAGAUUUACAAACGAGGAUCACUUGGCUGUCCACAAACACAAACAUGAGAUGACCCUGAAGUUUGGCCCAGCGAGGAAUGACAGUGUCAUCAUCGCUGACCAAACACCGACACCUACACGAUUUUUGAAGAACUGCGAGGAGGUUGGGCUCUUCAAUGAACUUGCGAGUCCAUUCGACCAUGACUUCAAAAAGGCGACUGAAGAUGACAUUAAAAAGUUACCAUUGGAUUUGUCGCCACUUGCAACGCCCAUCAUACGCAACAAAACAGAGGAAGCCACAGCUCUGGAGGCACAUCGAGAUAGUCCUCUGCCACACCCUGAAUCCACUACGAAUGAUGACAAGGAUUUAUCUUUGCAGCCAGCCUCACUGCCAACAUCCACUAUAGUCCAUCCUGCAUCCCUCCAAGUUCCCAAUGUACUUCUAGCAACCUCAGAAGCUAGUGUUGUAAUACAGCAAGCUCUACCAUCACCAACAUCUAGCUCUGUUAUUACCCAAGUCCCAUCCACUAAUAGGCCUAUAGUCCCGGUGUCUGGCACCUUCCCUGUGCUCUUACAGCUGCCUAACGGCCAGACCAUGCCAGUUGCUAUACCUGCGUCUAUUACAAGCUCAAGUGUACAUAUUCCAACUACAAUCCCUCUUGUCAGACCUGUCACCGUAGUGCCUAACGUCCCCGGGAUCCCAGGACCUCCCUCGCCACAGCCACAGACCGCCCAAUCAGAAGCAAAGCUGAAACUGAAAGCCACGUUAAGCCAGCAGCUUCCUCAGGUAACCAAUGGAAACGGUGGUGAAGUCCAGAGCAGUGCAGUCACCCACACUCCUGCUCCAGCUUCUCCUGCUCCAACCCCGGCCCCAACUCCAGCCACGAUCGCGGUCCUCGCCCCUGCUCCUGCUCCGGCUCCUGCUCCUGUUCCGGCUCCUGCUCCAGCUCCGGCUCCUUCUCCGGCUCCUCACCUGCCUACGACUGAGGAACCUUCUUCCCAUUCCCUUCAACAGCCGGCCACCUCCACCACAGAGACACCUGCUUCCCCAGCGCCCCCUGCGCCAAACCCCCCGAGCACAGGGGGUCGGCGGCGCAGAACCACAAGUGAAAACCCCGAUGAGAAGCGGCGCAAGUUCCUGGAGCGGAACCGGGCUGCAGCCUCUCGCUGCAGGCAGAAGAGGAAAGUGUGGGUCCAAUCUCUGGAGAAGAAGGCUGAAGACCUGAACUCCAUGAACGGACAACUACAGAAUGAAGUCACCCUGCUGAGAAACGAAGUGGCUCAGCUGAAGCAGCUUCUUCUGGCUCAUAAAGAUUGCCCUGUAACCGCCAUGCAGAAGAAAUCUGGCUAUCACAUCUCCGACAAAGACGAGAGCUGCGAGGAGAUGUCCGUCCCCAGCAGCCCCCAGAACGAGGCCAUCCAGCACAGCUCCGUCAGCACCUCCAACGGGGUCAGCUCCUCCUCCACGACCCCGGCCGUCUCCGCCCCGUCCAGCGCCGCCACCACCACAUCAAACCAGAGCACAGAGGAGACCCAGUCUCAGCCUUCAGGGAGUUGAUCGUCCCAAAGUGUACGCGAGCGUCAACACUGGAGCCUCUUCAAUCUCUCUGACAAACGGAGGAAAGGGAUUCUCUCUCAGCUUCAGUUUGGACCAUGCUGUUUUUAAUUUAUUCUUGAUUGCUAUGUUUAUGUUUGGUCCAUUUUGUCCUCCGUUAGCAAUGCUUUUUGAAAAUGCAAAAUGUUUUCUCUGGAAUUGAGGAAGACAAAAGAACAGGCACUUUAAGUGUAACAUGUAAAACAAGUAAUUCUAAAAUGUUUUUGUAUUUGUGCAAUUUAUUUAUUACUCUUAUAUAUUUUUUUAUUUAAAAAACGAUCAGCCUGAAAGUUUGAUCACAAAUUAUUAGAGACCUUACCAAAGUGUGUUGUAGUUCAUUUGUAAUUAUCAUAACUGACUUUACUAUCUUUAUGAUGAAGCUACGAGACUGUCCUCCCCCCAAAAACAACCCCAUAGGUCGCUUGUACAAGCAGCUUAGUACGCCCCAUAUUUCAAUUUAUUCUUAGGUGGAGACCUCUAGUGGCCAGAAUAAUUAUGACGGGAGUGAAGGAGGAAGUCAGGUGUCGUGGUAUGAAGAGCGCAGGCUGUACUCAUGAACUGUACGUAGUUACUCCUUUGAAAGUAAUGCACUAAAUUAUGUAGCUAUUCCACGUCUCUUAAUUCAAUGUCACCAACAUAACUGUGUCCAGCGCUUCUGUACAUAAGUUGUAAUUUUAUCCCGACCUUAAACAAGUAGUUUUGUUGCCUAAACUUUGGUAGCUCUAUAUCACAACUUUACAAAUGUGUUUAAAACAGCGACCGUUAUUUCCUAGAGUAAUGUACAAAAUGGUAAAUGGAGUGCACUUAUAUAGCGCUUUUAUCCAAAGUGCUUUACACUACGCUCAUUCACACACACAUUCAUACUGGUGGCCGAGGCUUACAGGGCACACGGGUGCCACCUGCCACCACUGGGAAUUCAUUCACACACCGGUGAAUGCAGCAUCGGGUUCAGUAUCUUGCUUAAGAAUACUUCAACAUGUAGGCUGCAAUGGUCAGGGAUCCAACCACCAACAUUCCAAUCUGUGGGUGAACGCUCUACCAACUCAGCCACAUGCAUGCAUUAUGAGAUUACGUCAAAGAAGGAGAUUGGGUUUGAUGAAUGGGUGAAACAAACGACUGUCACAGAGGAUGCAACUGUUUGUGUCCCGUGUGAAACCAAAAGUCAACUGACUUAUUAUAACAUAACGUAAAUUCCUAACAAAUGUAACUCUGUAACUAAUGCACCUACGUUUUAAUACAUAAGUACAUCAUGUUCUUCGUAGGUAUUUUAUUGUAAUUUUAAGGCAACUUAAUAGAACUGAUAUAAUGAUGAUAUAAUUGGCAUUAUAAAUCAAGUACACCCUUUGAAAGAGUAAUUAACUUUUAAGUGUAUGAUAAAUUGUGCAGCAUACUUUUUUCUUCUUUUUAGCUAAGGUGCUGUGCCCAAGUCUCUAAAUGUUGGGAAAUCCCUGCCUUUUUUUAUAACCUGUUGGCUGAAAUGUUAGUGGUAUUCCUAUGUGAACAAACAAGCAUGUAAACACAAAUGGUGAUAUUGUGCAAUAUAUGGACACAAUAACUGUUGCUUAGCUCAUUAAGUCCUAUUUAAGUGACCUAACAAGAUUACUGAUUUUAACCCAAACCGAGAUCUUUUCUGAAACAUACCAAAUUAACCUCAUGUUUAAAACUGUUAUGUUUAAGUAUGAGGACGUGUUGAUCUCUUGCCACCAGUAGCAGCGCUAAAUAAGGAAACGAUGCAAUAACAAACAACCUAUGUGGCUGUAUGGGUUGGAGGACUUGUUGGAAGUUGCAUAAAGAGAAGUCACUUUUUGUUAAUAAUUUGCUUUUUCCAUUUUGCACAUUUUGAGAGAUGACGUGUUUACCUUUUUAGAGUUGGACUGUCCACAUGUUAAGUACUGGCAGCUUUUUAGAAGUAGAUUUGAAUACUGUCACACUACACAAAUGUAAAUGGCUGAAUCAGAUUUAAAAAUUUGACAAUUUUUUCUGUGAGUGAGAUCAGCAGUAGUUGCAUCUUGCAGUUUGAAUGUUUGAGCUCACCUCUGCUUGUAAAAAUAGUCUUAAAGAGGUGGGAAAUGUGGUUAGAAACGUGUGUUAUUUCAUUAACAUUCCAUCUGUAGUCUGAUUGUUCCUGAAGCAGUGAUUGUAGGAUUGCAGUACCUUUUCCAUUACUCAAUCUUGGUGAUGUUGACUUCAUUCAGUGCCAUUAAUGUUUUUGUAUGAAUUACUUCCGUACAUUUUUAAUGCAGAUUAGCUUGAGUUAAUAGCUGUUCUCUCAGACGAACAUAGUUUCUCAGUAAGGAAAUAUCUCGCUUUGUAUUCUGUCUUUGCUUUAUAAAUGACUGUUUAUGGCUUUAAUGCAGAAUACUUAAGGACAUUAAGUUGUUUUCAUGAUUACAAUUCUCUGAAGUUUAUAGAAAAUAUUGUAAAUAACAUCACUGAUACAUCGUAUGUGAUCUUUCUAGGUGUUAUGUACUUUGUUUUGUUUUUUAUAGAUUAGUCUGGUUUCAGUAGAUGAGCCCUGUUGAUCACAUGUUAGCAGUCGAUCUUAACAAUGUUUCAAUCAUUAGGAUAGACUCUGACGUGAUACCCUGUCAUGUAAAAUUAAAGCAUUCAGAUGUGACCAGGAAUCACAUCCUGUAUAUUAGAGUUACACUAAUACCGCCUGUAAGAAUUGUGAGCAUUUCAUCAUUGAAAUAAUAGUAGGAAGAAAAUCACACCAUGAAGUCAAUUUGCCUUUUCUCUUAGUCUGUACUGGCUUACUACUGUGUAGUUUUACAAGAACACAUUUGUUUUCUUAAGGUAUAAUUUUUUUAAAUUUUUAUUUAACUGUUAUGUGCUAUCUGCAUGAGAUAAUAAUUCUCUGCGAGAAUUUAACUGUUUAUUUGAUAAUGUCUCAGUCAGAUAAAUAUCAUUAAACAAGUUGUUUCAACUUGAGUUGUGGCUCUAAGUUAAUAAAAGCUUUGGUUAUUUGUUUUUACCUUGGCUUAACUGCAAAAAAAAGGAGUGUGAUACUGUGUUGAAAGUGUACUUGUAACUUGUGAAAGUUCUGUAUAAAAAAAUGAAUUGAUAAGUUGUUGUAAUAAACCUUUUAAUAU